CAGGCUUUUAGACCAUUACCAUUGAUUCCGAGACCAUUCAGUACAGCAUUGUAUCACCAUGGCUCCACACGCAGCAGACGACGCCCAGGUCGAGCAGCCCGCCUCUCCAGUCCGCACUACUGCUCGCACCAUUCCUGAGAUCAAGAAGAGUGUUGCUGGAUUGACGCAGAGCGCUUCUUUCCCAGCUCCGCUCGAGUAUUCUGGCUCUCUCGAUGCAUACGAGUCUUUUGAUGUGACGAAUGUCAUCGGCCGCGAGUAUUCGAAGCUUCAGCUCUCUGAGAUCCUCAAGGAUGAUGCCAAAGUUCGGGAUCUUGCCAUCACAGUUUCCCAGCGCGGCGUAGUGUUCUUCAGGAACCAGGAUAUCAACAUUGAAGACCAGAAGAUCUUGGGACAGAAAUUGGGUGAACUUACGGGAAAGCCCAGCACCUCGAAGCUCCACAAGCACGCUCUAUCCAACAGCAAGCGAGGAAUAUCCGUGGAUGAGAACGGCAAACUUGAUGACGAAGUUUCUGUUAUUUCAUCUGACCAAAACAGGAAGUACUAUAAGGGCCGCUACUUUAACUCGAAGAGACCUGCGAGCGAGGGCUGGCACGCUGACAUCACCUUUGAGCGUAUUCCUUCGGACUACGCGAUCUUGAAGAUCGUCAAGACGCCAGAUGAUGUCGGAGGAGACACGCUCUGGGCAUCUGGCUACGAAGCUUUUGACCGCCUGUCCCCGGUUUGGCAACGAUUUGCUGAAGGUUUGACUGCUACUCAUUACCAGCCAAACUUCAACAAAGUCGCCGCAGAGCAUGGUCUUGAACUCAUCGAGGAUGACAGAGGCGCACCAGAGAACAAGGGCAACGACUUUACCGCUUCUCACCCGGUUGUUCGCACCAACCCUGUGACUGGAUGGAAGAGUCUCUUCGCUGCUGGCCACCAGGUCCAUGCCGGAUGGAUUGACAACGUAACAGAGACGGAAAGCGAAGUCAUCAAAGAAUACUUCAAUCGCUUGAUUCACGAAAACCAUGACCUGCAAGUGCGGUUCAAGUGGAAUAAGAACGACCUUGCCAUCUGGGACAACCGCUCCGUUUACCACACGGCUACCAAUGACUAUGAGGGCAAACGACAAGGUAACAGGGUCGUGUCAUUGGGCGAAAAGCCGUUUUAUAACCCGGCUUCGAAGUCGCGUCGCGAGGCUCUGGCUGGGCUUUAG